UCGGCUGAGAGCAAAUUAAAAAUGGGUGAUGCUGAGAAAGGCAAGAAGAUUUUUGUUCAGAAGUGUGCCCAGUGCCACACCGUGGAAAAGGGACCAAAUCUCCUUGGUCUGUUUGAGAGGAAGACAGGUCAAGCUGCUGGACUCUCAUACACAGAUGCCAACAAGAACAAAGUUAUCACCUGGGGAGAGGAUACCCUGAUGAAGUAUUUGGAGAAUCCCAAAAAGUACAUCCCUGGAACAAAAUUGAUCUUCACUGGAAUUAAGAAGAAGGGAGAGAGGGUGGACCUAAUAGCUUAUCUUAAAAAGGCUACUAAUGAGUAACCCCACUGCCUUAUUUAUUACAAACAAAUGUCUCAUGACUUUUAAUGUGUACUAUAACUUAAUUCAUACCCCAAAUCAUGAAUGGCUAAUGAUGUUUUUGUUGGGCAGUCCUGAUUUAAGUAAAACUGACCUGUAGUAAAAUGGGUAUGAUCUUUUUUAAAAUAACAA